UCGGCGUACAGUUAGAUAACAAAGACUCUGCCGUUGUGUGACAAGUUCGACACGUUUUGUUGAAUAGAAAUAACGUGCAAGGCACUGACGUCAGCGAGAGUAUAUAAGCAGGGACUCAACACUGCAAAGAGCAUCCACUGGAGACAGGAUUCAGUGAGCUUUUUCAGCAACCAGCGCAAACUUCCAGUCACCAUGAAGGCCAUUGCUCUCAUCGCUACCCUAGCAGUCGUCCUCACCUUCGCAAGCGCAGGUUAUCUCGGAGGCUAUGGUGGACUCGGUUAUGGUGGCCUCGGCUUCGGUGGCGGCUAUGGUUUGGGCUACGGCGGCCUCGGCUUGGGCUACGGUGGCUACGGUGGCUAUGGCGGUUACGGCGGUUACGGUGGCUAUGGAGGUUACGGUGGUUACGGCGGUUACGGUGGCUACGGCGGCUACGGCGGCUACGGUGGCUACGGUGGCUAUGGCUACAAGGGUUGAUUACUAAAGAAAACAAAACGAUCGAAAGAAGGUCAGUUCAAAAGCUUGUUACAACGUUGCGAAAAAAUACCAAGGAAGCCAAUGAGGCUACAAGACGGGUAAUAAAGUUCUCUA